CAUAACAACGACGUAGUAGCUUGUAAGCCAUUGCCACAGCCAGAUCGAAUUUAGUAAAGUUACUGUACAGACUACAGCAAUAGUGCAGCAAUAGUGGAAUUUAGUCUUUAAUUUAAAGUCAAACCAUUCUGAUAGAAUGAGUCAAGAAGGAAACAACCACCGCGACGAGCGCCCGCAAGGAACUAGCCAUCAGGAUGGCCUUUCCGGCGAUGCAGAAGUAGCUUCGCUAGUUCAGGGCCCAGCCUCCAGUCAACGAGAACAAUCUCCUCAAGUUGGCGGAGACAAGGAGCCCAUCGCUGACGUUGGCGGAGACAAGGAGCCCAUCGCUGACAAGGAGCCCAUCGCUGACGUUGGCGGAGACAAGGAGCCCAUCGCUGACGUUGGCGGAGACAAGGAGCCCAUCGCUGACGUUGGCGGAGACAAGGAGCCCAUCGCUGACAAGGAGCCCAUCGCUGACGUUGGCGGAGACAAGGAGCCCAUCGCUGACGUUGGCGGAGACAAGGAGCCCAUCGCUGACAAGGAGCCCAUCGCUGACAAGGAGCCCAUCGCUGACGUUGGCGGAGACAAGGAGCCCAUCGCUGACGUUGGCGGAGACAAGGAGCCCAUCGCUGACGUUGGCGGAGACAAGGAGCCCAUCGCUGACGUUGGCGGAGACAAGGGGCCCAUCGCUGACAAGGAGCCCAUCGCUGACGUUGGCGGAGACAAGGAGCCCAGCGCUGACGUUGGCGGAGACAAGGAGCCCAUCGCUGACGUUGGCGGAGACAAGGAGCCCAUCGCUGACGUUGGCGGAGACAAGGAGCCCAUCGCUGACAAGGAGCCCAUCGCUGACGUUGGCGGAGACAAGGAGCCCAUCGCUGACAAGGCGCCCAUCGCUGACGUUGGCGGAGACAAGGAGCCCAUCGCUGACAAGGCGCCCAUCGCUGACGUUGGCGGAGACAAGGAGCCCAUCGCUCAUUUCCGCGCAGAAUUGAGAAAACGUUUGACCGAUAUCAAACAGCAUACUGAGAUCCAGGAGCAAUUCCUCUCCGGCAUACAGGAAAGAAUUGGCGCAAAGGUAUGGGCUGCGUUACAAUUAAAUUUAUUCGCUGCAUCGAUAUACGCACGUGUUAUUUGCUGCUUUAUUAUUCAUAUUUCCACCGACUGUUUAUGUUACUUGAAUUCUUGCCAGCUAUUCAGGAAUUAUUUAACACUUCACAUUUAUUAUUGCGAUUCACUCUAUUCGAAAUGAUUCCGAAUGCAGUCAUAUUUUUGCAAGUGGGCGGGCGGGGUAACAUCUCGCCGUCUU